AAACGUCACUUCACCAGCCAACGCUCUUCUUGAUGAACUGCGUGUUUCAGGAAGAAGUUGGCGCCUGACGCUGCGUAUUCGGGCAGCUAGCACGCUAACCGCAAAUAUGCCAGAUAAUCUGUUAUAUUGAUUUUUAUGUCUGGCGUUGCGGAUUAAAUACAAGAUGAAUGAUAUGGAAUUCAGUGUCCCCCUGUCCUCGCUGGCUCUCCUGGUCCCACCGCUGCGCCUGAUGUCGGCGGUGAUGUGGGAAGUGGUCCGGCAGCGGAACAUAAAGCACUACGGCAAGCUGGAGGAGUUUGUUUCCAUGGUCACGGAUGCCGUACCUGAGCUGAUGAGCAAGCGGGAGGGGAGGCUCCUGUCGCUGGGCCUCAGAGCGAGGACGACCCUCGAGCUGCUGCGCUCUGAACACCCAGAAGACCUGAAGGCCGUAGAGACUCAUCUCAACCGGAUCCGAACUUCUUGCAUGGAAGAGACAAAUGAUCCAGUAAUCGAAGCUCCAGAAGCUAACUUCAUGAAGCUUGUCCAGGGCCUUAUCGAAGACACUGAUGGCAGGGAGCACUUUCUCAAGAAUGUGUUUCCUGUGGAGUACGGCCCGGACUUUGACACAGCGUUAGAGACACUCGUGUGUGAGUUCUUCACAAGACUGGAGGAGCUUCUGCCCAUACCGGAUUUCAAACAGACUGCAACCUGGGUGAGUGCUGCCCCUGCUGUGUUAGAGGAAUACAUGCAGUGUGUCUCAAAUGGGGACGAUCUUAAAUUUCUACUCCAGAGCAAACAGUGCCAUGGAAAGCUGGCAAAGACCACUGUUGCAGCUCCUUUUCAGUCAGAAGAUCUUCUGAUACCGUCUCUGUCUCUCCCUCCGUCUCUGGAAGUGGCCAUCGCUUCCCACCCAAGUGCCUGCGACGACGAAAACACCGACGUCCCGCAGAUCGUCAUGUUCGACGAGGAGCUUUCCACGAAUCCCUCCACUUCCACGGACUUUCCUGAAUCGCCAAAACGGACCGACGGCGCGUCGUCUCCCCGCAGGAGGCAUCAGUCAGGAAUCCACAAAUGUCCGGAGUGCGACAAAUGCUUCAAGCACCACUCCGUCCUCAUCGAGCACCAGAGACUCCACAGCGGCCUGCAGCCGUACAACUGCUCCGAGUGCGGGCGGGCCUUCAGGACGGCCACUCUGCUGGCCGGUCACCGGCUGCGCAAGUGUAAAAACGCGGCGUACAUUUGCAUCAAAUGCGGCGACAGCUUUCCCACCUCGCUGGAGAAGUUCCGGCACCACUGCCCCAAGCGAAGGCGGAGCCACGACUGCGUGCAGUGCGGCAAGAGCUUCCCGAAGUCCAGCGGCCUGAAGGAGCACCUCCUAACUCACGUUCAAAGCCGGCUUUUCAAAUGCAGCCACUGCGGCGCCGGCUUUUCAGGAAUCGGUGACCUGAAAUAUCAUCAGCAGGUGGACCACGACAAGCCUUACCAGUGCAAACAGUGUGGGAAGAGCUUCAUCUCCUCCAAGUCUUUAGCCAAGCACCAGCAGCGGCACGAAGAAGGCGGCGACAUGGAGACGGUCAAGUCGAUGAGCGGAGGGAAGCACGGCAAAAGCGUGCCGAGCCACCGCACCUCUUCGGUGUCUCUGUCCUUCAGGAAGAUGUCUGUUAAGGCCAUCUACCCCGGGGGGAGGAUCACCCACAACUGUCCGCUGUGUGGGCGGAGCUUCAAGUACCGUUUUGAGUUCCUGGAACACCAGCGGUUCCACACGGCGGUGAAGCCCUACAAGUGCUCCCAGUGCGGCAAAGCUUUCCGGACGGAGGCCCACCUGUCCGGCCACAGGAAGAGGAAGUGCAAGAACGCCGCCCACAUCUGCACCAAGUGCGGCUGCCAGUUCAGGUCUCUGCACGAGCGCGUGCGGCACCAGUGCGUGCAGCUGCUGACCAAAUACGAGUGCUCCCACUGCGGCAAGACCUUCAAGAUGGCCCACCUGCUCCGGAACCACCAAAUGAGCGAGCACCAGCUGCCGUACAGCCCCAACCAUCGCUUCCGCUGCCGGUACUGCGACGAGACGUUCCCCGGCAUCAGCGAGCUCAAGUAUCACCAGAGGGUGGACCACGAGAAGCCCUACCAGUGCCAGGAAUGCGGCAAGUGCUUCCUGUCCGAGAAAUGCCUGGCCAAUCACGAGCAGCGGCACAACGACGACCGGCCCGAGAGCUGCCUGGUCUGCGGCCGCGGCUUCAGGAACCGCUACGACCUGAAGCAGCACAUGCGCACCCACACGGGGGAGCGGCCCUACCAGUGCACCCACUGCUCGCAGUGCUUCUCCACGGCAGGGGGCCUGCGCAGUCACACCAGGGUCCACACGGGGGAGAAGCCUCACGUGUGCCCGGACUGCGGGAAGGCUUUCUCCCAGAUGGGGGCCAUGCGCACCCACAGACUCACCCACACGGGGGAGAGGCCCUUCAAGUGCAGCAUAUGCGGCAAGGGGUUCACCAUGGCCCACAAAGUGACGGUCCACAUGCGCGUGCACACCGGAGAGCGGCCGUACGUGUGCUCCCAGUGCGGCAAAGCCUUCUCGGACGGCAGCGUGCUGAAGCAGCACAUGCUGAACCACUCGGGGGUCCGGCCGUACCACUGCCAGAUCUGCCCCAAGACCUACACCUGUCUGAACCACCUGAGGAGGCACCUGAAGAGCCACUCCAGCAUGAACUGAGUCUGGCACGGGGGCGACAUGCUGAACGGGACAUAUUAGUUUUCUGCACUUGUGAUACGAAAGAAGAAACGGUACUUAAGUUUUUAUUUGACUAACUGAGCCUGCAAUAUAGAUAAUGGAACGAG